AUGAGUAGCAGUAGCGCCAGUGCUAGUACUGCCGGUGGUACUACUACUUCGGCCGAUGGUUCAACUUCCUCCUCUUUUUGGCGCAACAACAGCCGUACGAUUCCCGGUCGUCCAACCACGGUCACCAAUCGCAUAGGAAGUGGGCGACCGAUCGGAUCCAACUCAUCCGCUGGAAGUUCAUCCUUCCAGGACUAUCAGGACUCUGUCAGCGAUGCAUGGGAUUUGGGCGAUGAUGAAUUUUGCAUCAUUUCCGGUGUAGUGGAUACGCGCAUAUCAAAACGAGCUUCACAGACAGCUGCGCUAAAUGUGAUUAAAACCCACAAAAGUGGUACAGCUGGCAGUGGUCUCAAACCACCGAAUUCCGUCCGCUCGGACACGCCGGAAUCAAGCGGUGCAUCAACAGGCACAGGUCGAAUAGAGCAACAGCAAAGCGACAAAGGUUCGCACGUGACAGCGGUACUUCGAAUAGAGAAUUUAGAUAUUCAAACUCAGCAGCAGCACCAACAACAGUCCAGCGAUGGAAUGGGUUACGUGAACGAUCAGCGCCUUCGCCAACGGUUUCAUGCAUACCCGGGACGACCUCAGUUGUUAAAACUCUCCUCGAACGUCGCCUCUAAGGAUGUAGAGUGUGAAUCAAAGUACGAAAAGUUUAGCAACAUUCUCGAGGCACCGCUACUAAACCUGAUCGCCCUCAAGGAGCUAAGCUGGUCGGGUGUACCACGGAGAAUGCGGGCCGUUACCUGGAGGCUUCUUUCCGGCUACCUUCCGACAAGCUUAGAGCGCCGCCAAACUGUACUGGAACGGAAGCGUGUCGACUAUCGGAAGCUGGUGCAGCAGUAUUUUGAUGCGGACUGUCGAGAUGAAAGUCAACAGGAUACGUACCGGCAAAUCCAUAUUGACGUACCACGAAUGAAUCCACAUGUGGCGUUAUUUCAGCAGAAACUGGUGCAGGAAAUGUUUGAGCGAAUAUUGUUUAUCUGGGCUAUUCGACAUCCGGCGUCGGGGUAUGUGCAGGGUAUCAACGAUCUCGUAACACCGUUUUUUAUCGUCUUUCUUCAGGAAGCUGUGGGAGCGGAUAAAGAUCUGGAGCAGUGCCAACUGAGUGACCUCAGCAUCGAGCAGCGAGACAUCAUUGAAUCUGAUUCGUUUUGGUGUCUGUCCAAAUUUCUCGAUUGCAUCCAGGAUAAUUACAUUUUUGCACAGCUCGGUAUUCAGGCAAAGGUUAACCAGCUGAAGGAACUCAUACAGCGUAUCGAUGGAACGUUACACCGCCAUCUGCAAAUGCACGGUGUCGACUAUCUGCAAUUUUCUUUCCGAUGGAUGAACAAUCUCCUUACACGCGAGCUACCACUCUACUGCACUAUCCGGCUAUGGGACACCUAUUUGGCUGAGUCGGACGGUUUUGCCGUAUUUCAACUUUACGUUUGUGCUGCCUUUUUGCUACAUUGGAGAGAACAGUUGCUUCAGGAGAAAGAUUUCCAGGGACUCAUGCUGUUGCUGCAAAACCUGCCAACACACAACUGGAUGGACUCGCAUAUCGGAGUGUUAGUGGCGGAAGCGUUUCGCCUGAAGUUCACCUAUGCCGAUGCCCCAAAACACCUCGAAGCCAAAAGUUGACCCGGAAUGACAUUAGACGGUGGGUAUUAUCAGAACUACUGUAGAAACUAUUUGUAUAA